UUCUGUUGUUCAAUGGCUUAAUUCGGAGCUCAUUUGCUACAUGACAAGGGUGACAGUUUACAAGGGUCAGCUGCAGGUCAAGGAAAGUGAUUUGGGGAUCCAGAGAAAGAACAUCGCCACAGUUUGUUCCAAGCCAGGGAAAUAACUUGUUUGUGUGAUCUGCCCUGCGGUGGAUUGUUCAACAUCCAAAAUGUCCCAGUCAUCCACCGCUGAUGAGGGUACAACCUUUGAACAUUUGUGGAGUACCCUUGAGCCAGACAGCACAUAUUUUGAGCUUCCUCAGGCAGGACACUCAGGGGACCGGGCUUCUAGCAGCCUGCCCAGCAACCGCGCUGAAGUCUGCAUGGACGUCUACCACAUGAGAGACAUGAACGACAAUGUCAUGUCUCAGUACAGCCUACUGAGCAGCAGUAUGGAACAAGGUUUGGGGAACAGACCAGCGUCUACCAGUCCCUACAGCUCAGAGACCACCUCCAACGUGCCAACGCCGUCACCCUACUCUCAGCCAAACUCAACCUUCGAGGCCAUGUCUCCAGCCCCGGCCAUCCCCUCCAACACUGACUACCCUGGGCCGCACAACUUCGAGGUCACCUUCCAGCAGUCUAGCACCGCCAAGUCAGCCACCUGGACGUACUCUCCGUUGCUGAAGAAACUGUACUGUCAGAUUGCCAAGACCUGUCCGAUUCAGAUCAAGCUUGCUUCCUCGCCCCCAAACGGCAGCGUGAUACGAGCCAUGCCAAUCUACAAGAAGGCUGAACACGUCACAGAGGUGGUCAAACGCUGUCCUAACCAUGAACUUGGACGGGACUUCAAUGAAAGUCAGACAGCUCCUGCCAGUCACUUGAUACGGGUGGAGGGCAAUAAUUUGAGUCAGUAUGUGGAUGACCCUGUGACAGGCCGACAGAGUGUGCUAGUUCCCUAUGAGAAUCCACAGGUGGGGACUGAGUUCACAACCAUUCUGUAUAAUUUCAUGUGCAACAGCAGUUGUGUCGGUGGAAUGAACCGCAGGCCUAUCCUCAUCAUCAUCACGCUGGAGACACGAGAUGGGCAGGUUCUCGGUAGGCGUUCGUUUGAGGGCCGGAUUUGUGCGUGUCCGGGUCGUGACCGUAAAGCAGAUGAGGAUCAUUUCAGGGAGCAACAGGCGCUAAAUGAUAGCGUGGCCAAAAAUGGAAAUGCCAAUAAACGAAAUUCUGUUUAUGAAUUUACAGAUUUCAAGCAGACUCCAGCCAAUAUUACAGGGCCUUCCAUCAACAUCAAGAAGAGGCGGCAUGGAGAAGAAGAGAUGUAUUACAUACCAGUGCGUGGUCGAGAGAAUUUUGACAUCCUGAUGAAGAUAAAGGACAGUCUGGAACUUGUGGAGUUUGUACCACAGCAGUUAGUGGACUCAUACAGACAACAACAACAGCAGCUCCUACAGAGACAGAGUCAUGUUACCUCUCCGUCUCCAUAUGGCACACUCAAUAACAUGAAUAAGAUGCACGGGUCAAUCAGCAAGCUUCCCUCAGUGAAUCAGCUGGUGACACAACAGACUCAGCAGAGCGCAGGACCCUCUGCAUCCAUGUCACAUAUGGGAACAAACAUGCUGGGUGGACACCACAUGCAGUCUAACGGCGACGUGAAUGGAGCUCACCCGUCACAGUCUAUAGUGUCCACCUCUCACUGUACCCCUCCCCCACCUUACAACCCCGACCCCAGCCUCGUCAGUUUCUUAACCAGCCUGGGCUGCCAAAACUGUAUCGACUACUUCACGUCCCAGGGACUCCAGAGUGUGUACCACCUUCAGACUCUUUCUAUGGAGGAUCUUGGGGCCCUGAAGAUCCCUGAGCAGUUCCGGCUGGCGAUCUGGAGGGGCCUGCAGGACAUGAAGCAGGGCCACGACUACAUCCGCUCCAGCAGUAACAUGGCCACGAUGGCCAUCGGCCCCGGAGGAGAACUGCAGCGCCAGCGCGUCAUGGAGGCCGUGCACUUCCGAGUGCGUCACACCAUCACCAUCCCGAACCGCAGCGGGGCCACGGGGGGAGACGAGUGGGCCGACUUCGGCUUCGACAUGCCCGACUGCAGGAUACACAAGCACUCCAUCAAGGAGGAGUUCGCAGAAAGCGACCUUCGCUGAGAACUGGUUUCCAUCUCUAUGUUGUCCGUACUGGGUUCUUAAAACUGCAAUGGACGGUUCAUAUUUUCCAUAUAGUCGCACUUCCAUGUUUGACAACUAAUGAUUUGGCGAGUAGAAAUUCCCUUUUUAUGAGCUCCGGGGUUCAAGCGAAUCAUUUUAUUAGAUGGCCUUAUGCUAAUGUUACAUCACACACACACAAAAAAAGUUAACUAAAAUGAAUGAUAUUAUUAGGAUGUAGUUAUGAAUGGUUAGAAGCGGUGUAUGAUUUCAAAACAUUGCCUUAUUUAUUUUUUUUGGCUUGUUGUAAAUUAUAAUUGUGCAAUCAUGUAUGAUAAAGGGGAAAAAAAAACAGUGUGAAGUAAAGUCCGUAGAUAACGUGGAUACUUUGACCCACUAAAUCAUACUUUAUAUUCACUUAUUUUGACAAAGCUAUAUAUGUAUGGCUAGGUCAAAAGGCAUUCUGUAUUUGAUUUAUUGUUUCAUUACAAUGGCAUACCUAACUAUUAUUUUUACGUUAUCAAAGUUUCACAAUGACAGUGAUGAAGACCGCACCAUUAAAGUGCAGGUAAAUUUAUAGGUAACAGAUUAUUAUUAUUA